UCCAUGGAAGCAGAAAACCAGACAGAAGCAUCACAGUUUCUACUCCUGGGACUCUCCGAAGAUCUGGACAUGCAACCUGUCCUCUUUUGCAUGUUCCUGUCCAUGUAUCUGGUCACUGUUCUGGGGAACCUGCUCAUCAUCCUGGCCAGCAUAUCUGAUCCUCACCUUCACACCCCCAUGUACUUCUUCCUCUCCAACCUGUCAUUUGUGGACAUCUGCUUCAUCUCCACCACCAUCCCCAAGAUGCUGGUGAACAUUCAGACUCAGAGCAAAACCAUCUCCUACAUCGGCUGCCUCACUCAGGUCUACUUUUUCAUGGUAUUUGCUGGAAUGGACAAUUGUCUCUUGACCGUGAUGGCCUAUGACCGCUUUGUGGCCAUCUGCCACCCCCUGCACUACACAGUCAUCAUGAACCCUCAGCUUUGUGGACUGCUGGUUCUUUCGAGUUGGCUUGUCAUUUCCUUAGUUGACCUGUUUCAUAUACUUCUGAUGGCACGACUGACUUUCUGCAUGGACACUGAAAUCCCACAUUUCUUCUGUGAACUAGCUCAGGUGCUCAAAGCAGCCUGCUCAGACACCUUCAUAGAUCAUGCUGCCAUGUAUGUGUCCGUUGCCUUACUGGUGAUGAUUCCUCUUAGUGGAAUUCUGUAUUCUUACUCUCAGAUCAUCUCCUCCUUAGUACGCAUGUCCUCCAGUAAGGGCAAGUACAAAGCCUUCUCCACCUGCAGUUCUCACCUCUAUGUGGUCUCCUUGUUCUAUGGCACAGGCCUGGGUGUCUACCUGAGUUCUACAGCCACUCGUGUUUCUGAGAAAAAUGCAAUUGCCUCUGUGAUGUAUACGGUGGUCACCCCCAUGCUGAACCCCUUCAUCUACAGUCUGAGAAACAGGGAUGUCAAAGGGGCUUUAGGGAGGCUCCUCAGCCGAGCAAUCUCUUGUCAGUGA